AUCAAAGGUUCGGUGCUUCCGCCGACGCAAGAUGGCGGCGGAUACAACAACGGAGCUUCUGUUUUUGGACACUUUCAAACAUCAGAGCACUGAGCAAAGCACUAAUGUAGACGUGGUUCGCUUUCCAUGUGUAGUUUACAUCAAUGAAGUGCGUGUGAUUCCUCCAGGAGUAAGAGCUCACUCUAACUUACCUGAAAGUAGAGCUUAUGGUGAGACAUCUCCCCAUACAUUUCAGUUAGACCUGUUUUUCAACAAUGUCAGCAAGCCAAGCGCACCUGUAUUUGACAGGCUGGGAAGCCUGGAGUAUGAUGAAAAUUCUUCAAUUAUUUUCAGGCCCAAUGCAAAGAUAAACACUGAUGGCUUAGUUUUAAGAGGCUGGUAUAAUUGCUUGACACUGGCAAUAUAUGGCUCGGUUGAUAGAGUAGUAAGCCACGAUAGAGACUCUCCUCCUCCACCACCACCUCCUCCUCCACCUCCUCAGCAACAACCAGCUUUGAAAAGAACUCCAAAAUUAGCUGAUGGAGAGAAGGAGGAGCAGUUCAAUGGCAGCCCUCCACGGCCUCAACCUAGAGGACCAAGGACUCCUCCAGGCCCCCCUCCUCCUGAUGAUGAUGAUGAUGAGCCAAUGCCUGUAUCAGUUGCUGGAGAAAAAGAUGAUGAUGUUGAUCACAGAGAGGAUUAUUUCGAGCCCAUUUCUCCUGAUCGGACUUCCAUUCAUCAAGAAGGUCCAUAUUCUGAUGAGGCAGAAGUGGAAGAAGAGCAGCCAGAAGAAAUGGAGGAUGAUGAAGAAGGUGUGGAUGUUGAGGAGGAAGAGGAUGAGGAAGAGGAUGAUGAUGGUCAAACAGUAGACAGCAUUCAGGAUGAUGAAGAAGAUGAAGAUGAUGAUGAAGAUGAGGAUGAUGAUGAUGAUGAGGAAGAAGAAGAAGAAGGUGAUGAAGAGGAAGAAGGUGAAGGAGAUGAUGGUUAUGAGCAGAUUUCAAGUGAUGAAGAUGGAAUUGCUGAUUUGGAGCGUGAGACAUUUAAGUACCCAAGCUUUGACAUUGAAUAUACUGCUGAAGAUUUAGCCAGAGUGCCACCUGUAACCUAUGAUCCUUUUGAUAGGGAGCUUGGGCCCCUUCUGUAUUUCAGUUGCCCCUACAAGACCACUUUUGAGAUGGAAGUUGCUAAGAUGAGAGAUCAAGAUCUAGACAAGGAAAACUGUGGGGCAGUUGAGAGUUCUGUUAAAUUGACUGAACUCCUUGAGUUAUAUCAGGAGGAGAGAGGUGCAAAGUGGGUCACGGCUUUGGAAGAGAUACCCAGUUUAAUAGUCAAAGGGCUGAGUUAUUUGCAGUUAAAGGAUGCAAGUCAAGAUUACAUAAGCCAGUUGGUUGACUGGACAAUGCAGUCUUUAAAUCUGCAAGUAGCCUUGAGACAACCGAUUGCUUUGAAUGUCCGUCAGCUGAAAGCUGGGACAAAACUUGUCUCCUCACUGGCAGAAUGUGGAACUCGAGGAAUAGAAGCACUCUUGCAAGCGGGAGUAAUUGAUUCUUUAUUUGAGUUGCUCUUUGCGGAUCACGUGUCCUCUUCCCUUAAACUCAAUGCUUUCAAAGCUUUGGAUAGUGUUGUUAGCAUGACUGAAGGAAUGGAGAUUUUUUUGAGAAAUGGUUUGGAGGCCAAUGAAAAAAGUGGCUAUCAGAGACUGUUGGAGCUUAUUCUCCUGGAUCAGACUGUAAGGGUAGUCACUGCAGGUUCUGCCAUUUUACAGAAAUGUCACUUCUAUGAGAUUCUGUCUGAGGUAAAAAAAAUUGCUGACCAGCUAGCAGAAAAUUCUCCACCUCUUCCAAAUCAUUCUGAGUCUGAGCAAGAUCCAGAUGCUGGACCUGAAAGAGGCAACCAGGAAUAUGAAAAUGAUGUAGAUGCUCCAAUGGAUAUGGACAAUCUUUUGGAGUCCUCCACUAUGAAUGAAGGAGAAAUUGAAAAACUCAUUAACCUUUUAGAUGAAAUUUUGCAUUUGAUGGAGACAGCCCCACACACCACGGUCCAGCCACCUGUGAAAUCUUUUCCAACAACAGCACGUAUUACAGGGCCCCCAGAAAGGGAUGAUCCUUUUCCAGUCCUGUUCAGGUAUCUUCAUAAUCAUAAUUUUUUGGAGUCUGUCACUUUGCUGUUGUCAAAUCCAGUAACAAAUGUGCAUCCUGGGGUACUUCAAUCUGCCAGAGAUAUUCUGAGGUUUUUAGCACAGUCACAGAAAGGUCUCCUUUUUUUCCUCUCUGAGUAUGAAGCCACAAAUUUGCUGGUUCGAGCUUUUUGCCAAUUUUCUGAUCCUGAUCAAGAAGAAGGUCUACAAACAGAUGGGGCAGGCGAUGAAGCAUUUCCCUUAUGGCUUCUUCAUUCAACCCAGACACUGCAGUGCAUUUCAGAACUAUUCUGCCAUUUCCAACGCUGCACAGCCACUGAUGAAACUGACCAUUCAGAUCUCCUGGGAACACUUCAUAAUCUUUACUUGAUCACUUUUAACCCUGUAGGAAGAGCUGCUGUUGCCCAUGUCUUCAGCCUUGAGAAGAAUCUCCAGAGCCUUAUUACUUUAAUGGAGUUCUAUUCCAAAGAAGCAUUAGGUGACUCCAAAUCAAAGAAGUCAGUUGCCUACAAUUAUGCCUGCAUCCUUGUUCUACUGGUGGUACAGUCUUCCAGUGAUGUCCAGAUGCUUGAGCUGUACUCAGCACCCCUCCUGAAGCUUUGCAAGGCUGAUGAAAAUAACACCAAAUUGCAAGAACUUGGCAAAUGGCUGGAGCCAUUGAAAACACUCCGUUUUGAAAUUAAUUGUAUUCCAAAUCUCAUUGAAUAUAUUAAACAGAACAUUGAUAGCUUGAUGACUCAGGAAGGAGUUGGUCUUCCUACUGCACUUCGUGUCUUGUGUCAUAUUGCAUGUCCUCCACCUCCUGUUGAAGGUCAGCAGAAGGACCUUAAAUGGAACCUUGCAGUUAUUCAGCUCUUCUCUUCUGAAGGAAUGGACACUUUUAUUCGAGUUCUGCAAAAACUAAACAGCAUUCUUAUUCAGCCCUGGAGGCUCCAUGUCAACAUGGGAACAACUCUUCAUAGAGUCACUACAAUCUCCAUGGCCCGAUGUACCCUCACACUUUUGAAGACCAUGUUAACUGAAUUGCUACGUGGAGGAUCCUUUGAAUUUAAAGAUAUGCGCGUACCUUCAGCACUUAUUUCUUUACACAUGCUUUUGUGUUCUAUAACACUCUCUGGACGUUUAGACAGUGAUGAACAGAAAAUCCAGAAUGAUAUUGUUGAUAUCUUGUUGACUUUCACCCAGGGUGUUAACGAGAAGUUAACUAUCUCAGAAGAAACUCUAGCCAAUAAUACUUGGUCACUUAUGCUAAAAGAGGUUCUUACUUCUGUUCUAAGAAUCCCAGAAGGAUUUUUCUCUGGCCUUAUAUUGCUUUCAGAAUUACUGCCUCUUCCACUGCCUAUGCAGACCACUCAGGUUAUUGAACCACACGACAUAUCAGUAGCUCUCAAUACUAGAAAACUUUGGAGCAUGCAUCUUCAUGUCCAAGCAAAAUUACUGCAAGAAAUAGUACGAUCCUUUUCUGGCUCCACUUGUCAGCCUAUUCAGCAUAUGCUAAGACGCAUUUGUGUACAGUUGUGUGACUUGGCCUCACCAACAGCUCUCCUUAUUAUGAGAACUGUCUUAGAUCUACUUGUAGAAGAUCUGCAAAGCAACACAGAAGAUAAAGAGAAGCAAUACACUGGUCAGACCACCCGCUUACUUGCUUUAUUUGAUGCUCUGGCUUCUCACAAAGCUUGUAAAUUGGCUAUUUUGCACCUGAUCAAUGGAACUGCUAAAGGCGAUGAAAAAUAUACUGAAGUUUUCCUAGAGCUUUUGUCUUUGAUGCAAACUGCAGGGGAAAACAUAAUUCACCAGCAGUGUGCGGAAUACUUAGCUUCUAUUUUACAGUCCCUCUGUGACCAGAUACUUCUGUUGAUGCGUACUGGACUUCCAGAUGUUUCAAGUCCCAAAUACUGUAGAUUCCAUAGGGAUUCUUUGAAAAUAAAAAUGGACAUUGCACUGAUCUUGCCCAGUUCCUCAGAAGGCACUCUUUCUGAGUUGGAGCAGCUUUCCAAUUCAUUACCAGGCAAGGAACUCAUGGCUCCCAUCUGUGACUGCCUGAUAGAAACAGGUACUAAUGCUGAAAGCAGCUAUACUUGCUUGCUGACUUGUAUCAGGACAAUGAUGUUCCUUACAGAGCAUGAUUAUGGAUUCUAUCAUCUGAAAAGUUCUCUGGGAAAACACUGUGGUGCUUUGCAAAGUGUGCUGAAGAGAAUAGUGAGCAGCUUCAGUAAGGACACAGGAGAACUUGCCUCUUCCUUUCUGGAUUUCAUGAGACAGAUACUAAAUUCUGAUACACUGGGAUGUUGUGGGGAUGAUGGAAGUCUUGUGGAAGUAGAUGGAAGUCAUCCCACUAGAACACUGGGUCUUAGUACUGCAGAAUUAAAAUAUCAGCUGCAGACCAAAGAAGAGACUCCUGAAAAUCUGCUCCUUGAACUGGAGAAACUGGUUUUGGAGUGUUCUAAGGAAGAUGAUAGCCUCGAAUCGUUAUUAGAUAAUGUUGCUGGACUUAGGCAGAUGCUGGAAUCUGCUGGAGAUGCUUGUCCUCUAAGUGAUCAAGACGUGGAACCAAUUUUGCCUGCUCCAGAAUCUCUCCAGCAUCUUUUUAAUAAUAGGACUAUGUACAUCUUGGCAGAUGUCAUGGAUGACCAGCUGAAGUCUAUGUGGUUUUCACCAUUCCAGGCUGAAGAAAUUGAAACUGACCUUGACAUGGUAAAAGUUGACUUAAUUGAACUGUCAGAAAAAGGAUGUAGUGACUUUGAUCUGCAAGCAGAGCUGGAGAGGUCAUUUGUCACAGAGCCUUCUUCUCCUGGUCGGACCAAAACCACAAAAGGCUUUAAACUUGGCAAACACAAGCAUGAGACAUUUAUAACUUCCAGUGGAAAGUCGGAAUACAUUGAACCUGCCAAGAGGGCUCAUAUUGUACCCCCACCUAGAGGAAGGGGCAGAGGAGCAUUUGGCCAAGGCAUCCGCCCGCAUGAUAUCUUUCGUCAGAGGAAGCAGAAUACUAGCAGGCCGCCUUCCAUGCACGUUGAUGACUUUGUAGCUGCAGAGAGCAAAGAGGUAGUUCCACCAGAUGGGAUCCCGCCUCCCAAGAGGCCACCUAAAGUGUCACAGAAAAUUUCUUCCCGUGGUGGCUUCUCAGGGAACCGUGGAGGGAGGGGAGCCUUUCACAGCCAAAACAGAUUCUUCACACCACCUGCUUCAAAAGGUUGCACUUUUCAUUUAGGAAAUUACAGUCGCCGUGAAGGAGCCAGAGGAUCAAGCUGGAGUGCCCAAAGCUCCCCUCGAGGGACCUACAAUGAAAGUCGAGGUGGCCAGAGCAAUUUCAACCGAGGCCCUCUUCCCCCUCUGAGGCCCUUAAGUUCGGCGGGCUACCGGCCAAGUCCUCGUGAUCGUGCUUCCAGAGGUCGUGGUGGAAUUACACCAUCUUGGGCAAGUGCGAAUAGCAGUGGUAGUGGUGGCUCAAGAGGAAAGUUUGUUAGUGGAAGCAGUGGAAGAGGACGUCAUGUUCGUUCCUUUACUCGAUAAAUAGAUCUCUGAGAACGCUCUGACUGUGAACAUUUCAAGAUGAUGAUGAAAAAUAUUUGAGGACCAAUGCUAGACCUUCUGGUAUCUGGGGGCAGCAAGAUACUAUUUUUUUUAAGGAUUCAAUUUUGUUUCAUACAAGAUCUGAGAUUUCAAUAAAACUGUCUUUUUUG